UCUCCGUACGGCUGUACAUUUGAAACCCGGCUGGACAAAAAUAAUUAUUAAACGUCUAUUGUGACAGUCUAAUGAUAUAAUAUUACAUUAUUUUCGGUUACGGUGGUUUUAUAAAAAUGACACGCUGUUUUUGAACUGGAGUCGGACGGUGGGGUUUAAAUAAUAUUACAGCGGUCCUGUCAUGUCGGCGUCUUUUGAGAAGAGCGAAUGAAACAUAAUCUGGAGCACGAGUCAAGGACAAAAUACGCGUCUUUAUUUCCAUGGAGGAGAGCGGAUCUUGACAGCGUCCUUUUUUAAUGACUGAAGAAAUCGAGAUUUACCUCCAGCAACGUAUCUAUAUAAAUAACUAAUUUUAGGACCUAAUUAAGGACAAUUGAAGAACUUUUAAAGGGAAUUUUGACUGUAAUAAAUCAAACCUCAUCUAUGUUAACAAACUGAAAUAACAUUCCAAUAAUAAAUUUUCUUUUAGUUUUUUUCCAAACAUCAUCAUUGGAACUAAACAAGGACAUAAAUGUGAGAACUUAAAAUGUCUUGACAUUUUUUCACUUUCACUCUGUGCUGCUAACCUUGAUGUACGUCAGAUAUUUUGGCACAAACUACUGUAGAUAUUAUUCAAUUUAAGGUUUACGAUGCUGGAUUCGAAGAUGAAGGACAUGUGUCGGAUCUGUGCAAGAGAGCUAUGUGGUAACCAACGGAGAUGGAUCUUCCACCCAACUGGCAAGCUAAGUCUGCAGGUGCUGCUUUCAUAUGCAUUGGGCAGAGAGAUGAUCCGAGAUGGUCGGGGAGAGUUUGCCUGCAGCAAAUGUGCCUUCAUGCUGGACCGCAUGUACCGCUUUGACACUGUGAUCGCCAGGGUAGAGGCGCUAUCCGUUGAACGGAUGCAAAAGCUCCUGUUGGAGAAAGACAGGCUAAGACAGUGCAUCGGUGGACUCUACCGUAAAAACAAUGCUGAUGACUUUGGGGUCAUCACUGAAGUGGACGACAGUGCUGCAGACUCUCCUGUAGUGGACUUUACUGACUUGGCUGAGUCUAAAUACAGCACUCUACUGCAGGAAGAUCUGACAUACUCUGUCUAUGAGUCCUGGGCUGAGCAAAGCACUCCAGAGCAACUUCAAGACCAACAAAACCCAGGUCACCACCACCACCAUCAGUGCCAUGCAGCAACAGAUGCCAGUUCAGGCUCACGUCCCAGGAAGUGCAGGGUGUGUGCUAUGCUACGAGUGGCGGAUUCAGAUUAUGAAGCAGUCUGCAAAGUUCCCAGAAAAGUGGGUCGGAGUACAUCCUGCGGUCCCUCUACACGGUACUCCAGUAGUAUCCAGGGCAGUGCAGAUGAGUCUGUCCUAUCUGCUCCACCCCCAGAAUCCGAGCCUGCUGAGAACAACCAGACUCAACAUCCUAGUGAUGCAGAGUGCACCAGUGUGAGUCCUGCCUCAUCUCUGGAGUCAUUGGACACUGCUGUCGAUGAGACCCUAGAGUCUUGCCCAAAGGUCAAUCCUAACAUCACACACACAGAGACAGAAGAGGAACAAUCUUCUACCAAAAGGCCAGAGUCUCUUUCUGGAUGCACCUCUAGACCAGGCUCUGUGUGUGGACUUGAGUUGACCCUCAGUCUGCUUAGAAACUUUGAAUAUCGCCCCAUCCAGAGCCCCAGAGGUAGUCGGAUUCCUGUGCCCAUCAAACCAACCACUACACCAAUGGAAAGUACUUACCCUCUGCUACAAGUGCCUCCCACAGAUAUGGAGUGUCCCCUUUCCCCCCACCUUCCAGAUGCUCUGUCCAGCAUUCAACAGGAACUGCAGCUUGAGUUGUCUGAAAUGGAGGACAUGUGGCUGGAUGAUUAUGUACAGUGCAGGCCAAGGGGCUUACAAAAGAGUUUGAUUGAGGAGCAGCAGUCUCAGCUGGUGCAGUAUGAGAAUGCAGCGGGUCAGUGUGUGAGCGAGCUGCAGAGGUCCCAACAGCAGGUCCAGUCUCUACAGGCCAAGAUAAAAGAGAACGAGGUCAACAAUAAGAAGCUACAGCAGAGGCUCGGAGAGAUGGAAAGUGAACUACACACUGUCAGAGUAGCAGCAUGUGGUCAGGAGAGAACAAUACAGACCUUGAGUGACUCUCUCAACACUAAAGACUGUGAGAUCACUGAUCUCCACCAGCUCAUUGAGGAACAGAAGGAGCUUUUGUGCUCUCUGAAGCAACAGAACAACCAUAACCAGCUUCAGCAGCAGCAGAUGUCUGGAGUGGCUCCGAAUCGCAUGCAGACCGAUCUGUUGGACCUUCAGGGGUCUCUGUUCUCAGCCCAGCUGGAGCUGCAAGGCCUCCAAAGGGCACAGCAACAAGGCCAGAGACGAGAAGAUGAUCUGGCCCGCUCGAACCAGCGGCUCCAAGCUGACCUGCAGGGAGCCCUGGAGCACCGACAUGAGGCAGAAAGACACAGUCAGGAUCUACUGGCUGCUCUACAGAGGGCUCGCUUCAAAUCGCAGCAAAUGGAGGACAAAUUUGAAGAUAAAUGGAGAUGGAGAGAGAAAGAGGACGAGGAACGAGAGAGGACCAUCCGAAAGCUGAAGACCUCGAUAGAGAACAAAGAGCACCUGAUACAAGACUACAGUGAACUGGUGGAUGACCAGAGAGAGACAACAGGGAAUAGAGACAAUCUCAUCCACAAGCUAAAACAACGCAUUCAGGAAAGGGAUAGAACACUGGAGCAAGCAAUUGAUGAGAAGUUUGCGUGCAUGGAACAGAAAGAAGACGAGGUGCAUAGACUGCAGCUGGUUCUGAGAGAGAAAGAGAGAGACCUGGAGAAACUCCGUUGUGUGUUUUCCAAUAACGAAGAAACCAUCACGAGUCUGGAGUUGCUGCUGCGUGGUAAAAGUUUAGAGCUGGAGCAGGUGUGUGAGGCCUGGCGCAGUGCUCAGUGUGUUCAGCGUGAAAGAGAGGAGUCACACACACGUAGUCUACAAGAAAGAGACGCUCUGAUCAGCCAACUGCAGACGUCACUCCAUACAUGCACCAAAGAGGUUGAGGAGAUGACUGCAGUUCUACUCAGUAAGGUGUCGAUCGGUUCCAGUGAGGUGGUUGAGGAGCUUAAGUCUCGGCUGCAGCUAAAGGAGUGUCUGUUCCAGGACCUGUUGUCAGACCACAGCAGACAGACUCAAGAGCACCACUCACAGGUCCAGGCCCUGCUUAACACCAUCAACACAAGAGAACAAUACAUCAAGGAUUCUGCAGAGCGUAUGGGUCAGGUGAUGGCCGAACAGACUGCUCGAUUGCAGGAGCUACGCCGACAGCUUGAGUCAACAGGCCCUCAGCAGACCACAGAAGAGUCUCCAUCAGACACACAGACACUUCAGGAUGAUCUCCAUCUGGCUCUGCGCAGGGAAAGAGAGGCCCAGAACCAGCUGUCUGCCUUGAGGUCCACCUUGGCUGGCCACCAAGACCAACUCCAGGCCUCAGAUCUGGAGGCCUUGACCAAGACUUUGAGCAUUAAAGAGGAAAUAAUCAAGGACUUGCAGAUGCAGUUGGUGGAGCCGUCAGGUUUGCCGCUGGUUGAGCGACUUACCCAAGAGCUGCAGCAGCUGAGAGAGAUGGUGGGACAUCAGGAUCGCACUUGCAUUAAUCACAAGGCUGUGCUCGAUACACUGGUGCCCAUGGAAACCGGACAGGCAGCCACACCUCAUGCUGAUUUUGGAGGUUUCAUCUCAGAUUAUGGAGAGGAGGAUGAUGAAGACUGCAAUAGUGAGUUUGCAGACAGUGCCGAAGGUGACGAGCGCUCCAAACUGACAGCUCAGUCUUUGGUCAGCAUGCAGAGUUGUGAUCAGCAUAGGGGAUUCAGGGGCUGCCAGGAUGCAGUGGAUGAGGGUCAGGGGCUGGCAGAGAUCAAGCUGCUGGUGGAACAGAAGAGGGCAGUAGAGAGAGAGCUGAUGGAGCUCAAGUCUCAACUGGAGAAGGCUGGUUUCUCCUCUCUCUCUCAGAUGAGGAAGGCUUUAUUUACCCUCCACUCUGAGAAUGAGGAGCUCCAGAAUUUAGUGACAGGAAGAAAGCCCAAGAAAGAUGGACAGAAGAUCACAGCAGAUAGGGUUGAUGGACAACUAGCGGAUUCAGCUAGUAUGGAGGCCUGUGAGUGCAUGUCUGGAGGGGAGCCAAUAAGAGAGCAGGCACUGCAUCUGAAGUCUGAUCUUGAGCAGGUGCAGCAGGAGAGUAAAGAUCUUCAGGAGAGACUCAUGGUGUCAGAGGCCACAGUUCAGGCUCAAGCCGAGCAACUUAAAGACUAUAGAGAACUGCUUACAGAAACAUCAGUACAGCAGGAUAAUAAGCAGGUUCAGGUAGACAUCCAGGAUCUGGGCUAUGAGACAUCUGGCCGAAGUGAGAACGAGGCAGAGAGAGAAGAUGCCAGCAGUCCAGAGUUUGAUGAUCUGGAGUUGUGCACAUCUCUCUCCUAUCAUGAAGGGGGCUCUCAGUGGUGGGGUGCUUCCAGCUCACUGAACUCUUGCAAAACUGAACAUGACGUGACCUACCUGCAGCACCUAGUGGAGGACCUGCGCAGUCAGCUCUCCCGCUCUCAGGCCCUGAUCCGUAGCUUACAGGCCCAAACACAUGAUCACACCCCAGUCAGCACUCCCCGUAUGGUCAACUGGGGCAUGGAUAACUGCGAGGCACAGAGUGCAACAGAGGAAGAUGAGGGCUGGCAGUCAUCAGAUGGCUUUGGCUCACUUCCCCGUCAGCCCAAACAAGGCCGAGAGCUGCAAGAGCUUGUAUCCCGAGUGACAUCACUGGAGGAGCAGCUCAUGAAGGGCAAAGGUCAAGCAGAGAAUGGCAAAACCACAAAUGGGCCAGGUAAGUUUGACACGCUUAUCCAAGCGCAGGCCCGCGAGCUGUCUCAUCUGCGUCAGAUGAUGCGUGAGGGCCGUGGUAUGUGCCACAUUCUGACUCAACAUCUGAGAGUCACCAUCAAGGCCUUUGAAGAACUGCUGCGCUCCAACGACAUUGAUUACUACAUGGGUCAGAGCUUCAGAGACCAGCUUUCACAGAGCAUCUCACUCACCCAGAGAGUCAGCACAAAGAUCAGCGGCCGUGAUCACUCCAAAGUUCCAGAUGAUAAAUCAGGCCAUGAGCUGCUUGCAAUACAGUAA